UUUGCAGAAAAAUAUAAAUAUAUCAUAUAUAAUAUACAAAGUAUUUGUUUAGUUGAUAUAAAAUAUUAAUCACAUGUAAUUUUUUUUUUAAAUUGAACUAGGAAAUAAUUAUAAAAAAAUUAUCAAGAAAAAUGGAACCGCAUGACAUUUAUUAUGACAGGGCUGAAUAUAUUGAGACAGCCUCCGGUAAUAAAGUGAGCAGACAAACUGUUUUAUGCGGCUCGCAAAAUAUUGUUUUGCAUGGGAAAGUUAUUGUUCAAUCAGAUGCGAUAAUUCGGGGCGAUUUGGCGAAUGUUCGUGUUGGCAGAUAUUGUAUAAUAAGUAAAAAUGUCGUUAUCAGACCACCGUUCAAAAAAUUCAGCAAAGGAGUUGCCUUUUUUCCAUUACAAAUGGGCGAUCAUGUAUUCGUUGGUGAACGUGCUGUUGUUAACGCAGCUGUAGUUGGCUCGUAUGUUUAUAUUGGAAAAAAUGCAGUAAUUGGAAGACGAUGCAUUUUGAAAGACUGCUGUUUUAUUGAAGACGGCGCAGUUAUCCCGCCAGAAACAAUAGUCCCGUCAUUCACUAAAUUUUCUGGAAACCCUGCAAUGGCCGUUGAAGAUUUACCCGAGUGUACUUUAGAUUUGAUGGUCGAUUUUACUAAAAAUUAUUACCAGCAUUUCCUCCCAGCCUCAAAGUAAUUAUUUAUUAACUCGUUUAUUUUUUUAUUUAUUUUAUUUUUUUUAUUUAGUUGUAAAUACACAGGACACUUUUCUCGAAUGUAAACAAAUUUGUUUAAAUAAUAAUUUAUAUUCC